AUGACUGGGACACGUGAUGGCAGUGUUCCCAGUAUAUCACAGAAGCCAUCAGCAUUAGCAACAUCGUCGUCAUCCGCAAGAGAUAAUCAUUACGGUGCUCCCUCAAGGAAUCAGCAACGGCCCGCCGACAUUUCAGCGCAUAAUCAAUCACAUAUUAGACCAUCCCGUUGGCACUAUGCCCUGGCUUAUAUCGACGACAUCAUCAUUUAUUCAUCGACAUUUGAAGAACAUCUAAUUCAUCUUAACGAAAUUUGCAAGAAAUUAAAAGAUGCGAAAUUCAAACUAAAUCUCGAUAAAUGUACUAUAGCAAAAACUCAAAUUGAAUAUCUUGGACACUUAAUCGAACAGGGCAAAAUCCAUCCAGGCCCGAACAACAUUCGCGGCUUAAUCAAUACACGAAUCCCAAAAACACCGGCUGAAGCGUCCAGGUUUUUGAAAGCUGCCGAAUACUACAGGAAAUUUAUUCCGAAAUUCUCCAUCAUCACUGAACCUCUGCGUAAAUUCGUGCCAACAACCAAAACAGAAGCCAGAAAAUACCAGAAGCAACAAAUCACAUUGACAGCUGAAGAAGUACAAGCAUUCGAACAAUUGAAGCAAAUCUUGACAUCUGCUCUCGUCCUUCGUCUACCAAAUAAUAAAUAUGCGUUUAAGGUUCAAACAGACGCCUCCGAUCAAGGCAUUGGAUGUGUUUUAUUACAAAAUUACCCUUAUGGAGAACACCCAUCUGGAUACAUUUCAAAGAAAUUUACUUCAUCACAGAAAAAAUGGUCACCAAUUGAGCAGGAAUGCUAUGCUCUUAUUUGUGCUCUUGAUAAAUGGCAUAUAUAUCUUAGUGGUACAAAAUUUACAUGGGAAACGGACCACCGUGCGUUGAUACACUUGAAAAAUAAAGCACAAACAAACAAAAGAUGUGAAAGAUGGAGAUUGAGAAUCGCCGAAUACCAAAUUCAAAUUAAACAUAUUAAGGGAAUAAAUAACCCAAUGCCUGAUUACCUUUCACGAUCUCCGGUAGAUGAUCCAGAAGAAGAUCCCGAUGAAUUAAUCAACGUAUCAUCAAAAUCGACACAAACAGAAGCAAUUGCAUCUUCUUUACCUAUUGUCUUUGCUGUCCAAACUCGUACUAUGGCAAAACGAAGCACAGUCGAUCAAUGUGUAGUUAAACCUCCUGUUUCAACGACCCCAUUAGCUCUAGAAGUCCAACCUGAAAGCUGUAUCAUACCAUUCACGUUAGACGAAUUGAAAAUGGCACAACAGAAUGAUGAGGAAACAAGGCAAAUUAUUGAUGAUAUUCAAAAUCACCAUAAUUAUUUUACAAAAAACGGUUUAUUAUUGCGUCGCAAUACUCCACCGGUACCAUUGGUACCAAAAGGAAUUCUUCGUAAUAGCAUUCUCAAGAUAUAUCAUGAUACGGCAGCCAAUGGAUCGCAUUUCGGUCGUGAUAAAACUCUACACAAAGUCAGAGAACGAUAUUAUUGGCCAUCCAACACCACCUCAAAUCCUGUAUCCAAUGCGCGCAAUUCAAUCCACAACGACGAAAAGCACCUGGACAUUUAA